AUGGACCAGGUCCAAAAAGAACACCAGCGCCUCUGGAAAAAGGCACAGGCCUCGAAGUGCAUUAACGAUGUUCAGGCAACUAUCGACUUGCUACUGGAAGCGCGAAGGACCAUUGAGAAUGACCCGAAUUCCGCCUCUAUCACUCUUGCGAAGCUUCAAAAUCCAAUCAAGGCUUCGUUUGAAGCCACAAAUAACGACCUGAAGGAAGCAUAUAGCGGACUGAACAAAUAUACAAAAGCACUAGACAAGCUAUUCAAAGACAAACCUUUGCCGACUACCGAAUAUGACUCCCUAUCACAGCCGGCCCUGGUCAACAGGGCGGUGGCCAUGCACCUUCUGCGAGAGGGAGCGUUUUCCACGGCAGACACAUUUCUAUCUGAGGUAUCGAGAGCACAUACGGCGUCAGAGUUAGAUACAGUCAUGGGUCGAGCUGAACACGAGGCGCCAGAAGUUAUUCCCGACAUCGAAGCUCUACAGUCUGGGGAAAUCCGAAAACAGUUCCUUCUCAUGUAUGAGUUGCUCCAUGAACUCACUGAAAACCGAAACCUUCUUCCUGCUAUUGAAUGGGCUCGUAAUCACCGUGAAGCCCUUUAUGUUCGUGGGAGUAACCUUGAGUUUGAACUUUGCCAACUUCAGUUUGUAUGGCUCUUCCAUGGGGGAGGAGAAGCCGGUAUCUCCGUACAAGAAGGUAGAAUAAAGGCACUGGAAUACGCUAGACGCGAAUUCUCCAACUUCCAGGGACGUUACCUUCCGGAAAUCCAACAACUUAUGGGUGCAAUGGCUUUUGCACCGAAUCUUGAAGACUCCCCUUAUAACGCCAUUUUUAACAACCCUGAUUCAUGGGACCGGGUCGCAACAUCUUUCAAAGGCGAAUUCUGCGCCUUGCUAAACCUCUCUGCUGAAUCACCUUUAUAUGUCGCUGCCACAGCAGGGGCAAUCGCUCUACCAACCCUCCUCAAACUUCAAACUAUCAUGAAAGAGAAACGAACAGAGUGGACCAGUCAGAACGAAUUACCCGUCGAAAUCCCUCUCCCACGCUCAUACCAAUAUCAUUCCAUUUUCGUGUGCCCCGUAUCCAAGGAACAAACAACGGACGCAAAUCCUCCCAUGCUGAUGCCAUGCGGGCAUGUCAUUGCCCAUCAAUCACUCAUGAGAAUUAGUAAAGGCGUCAAAUUCAAGUGUCCUUACUGUCCAAGUGAAAGCCAUGCUAAAGAUGCUAGAAAGCUUCUCUUGUAA